GUGACCAAUUAUACAAGCCGGCUCACCCUGCAAGAAAAAUGUGCUAACGCUCAGUGACGUGACAGAUAUUACAAAAACCCAACCACUGUGACAAUACUGGUGGGAGCACAAAAAGAACAGUUCACAGUAUCGAAAAAGCUUCUGGCAUCGUCGUCUAGUUUCUUCCGCAAGAACUUGCAAGUGUCGUCGUUAUGGCUCGAGGAUCAGUGCCCAGAAAUGUUCGAGCUCUUUCUGCAUUGGCUCUACGAACGAAACGACUUCCAACAGCACAUCGAUGAAGCCGAAGCAAACAACUGCUGCGAGGACUUGCAUGAUGACUUGAUCAACCUCCACCUCUUUGCCGCUCAAAUCGAGCUGGCCCCGUUACAAGACAUCGCCAUGGAUGCCAUCCAAGAUAUCUACCUGCGCUGCAACUGGGACAUCCGGCCACGGUUGGUCAGCUACAUUUACACCGAGUGCUCGCCUAUUCACAGCUGCCGCAUCCGAAAGUGGAUCGUGGCCAUGACCGCCUGGUCGUUGGGUGGUGACCUUGAGCAGUCGGCAACCGGUGGCAAGAUGGAGGUGCUUUUUCAAAAGUUUCCCGAUUUCUGGGCAGACUACGUGUCUCAUUUGUCCAAAACAUCGAAAAACCGCAUCAAGCUACACUUCAAGAACCCCCAGCUCAGGCUACCAACCAACAACCUCCGCAACGAAGAACGACACUUUGGCUUCCGCCAGUGUUCCUUCCAUACGCACCGUUCAUCCGUUGGCCAAGGAAAGUGCCCACACACUCUGGCCCAGCAACAAUAUCGGGCUGAAUCGCCCGUGUCCAGCGAGUAUAGUGACUCCUCUUCGCCCGGGUUAAUCUUCCCUGAAGACAUGGUGUCGCCGCGGACCGCCAUCUUUGACUUAUACCUGGCCACGCCCUGAAACAGCGGCACACCCACCCGUUUAUGUUAAAACGUCUUCAUGACCAUCACCCCAACCCACCUCGGGUUCCUUCUUCGCGAAGCGGGUAGCCGUCGGGCAAUGAUGGACUUGCCUAGUGCAGGCUUGCCAUCAGCCCGGCUGAGAAAAUGGCUACCAAUCCGAGUCCCCCCCAUCCCGACCGGGCUGGCACCACAGACGGUGCCUCAAAUGCCCAACAUUGCGAGUCCGGGCCACGGGCCCCGACCACCGCAUCUUGUCUUUUUCUAGCGCAUACUGCACGGGAUUAGAAAGGAGUUCGGCUGGGACUAGAAUUAGGACUUGAAAAGUGCCAGCCACUAUUCGCUGAGCCCAUCAUCCUUCAAUGUACAUAUUAUACUUGUCAUACUGAGAGCGUGCUUGACGUCGACUCCAGUAAAGGUGGUUGUUUCUUCUAGCAGAUUCAACCAAUUAAAAACAAAUAAAAUCAAGGA